GGUCCUGCAGAGUCCGGAGAAUAAAGACAAUCAAUUACCCUUAGAUGAGUUUUCACCAUCCCACUUUCUUAUGCGCCCAAUGAAUUGCACUCAGAAAAAAAAAACAAAGCUAGCAGAGAUGAAGAGAAAUCCAAUCCGGAUUGAGCAAUCCGGAAUGAUGUUGAUUAAUUGAAAAAUGUGUGACUUUUUUUUUCGCAAUGCUGAUUGAAAAACAAGGCGAUUCCAAUGUGGGCUCAAGAAAAUCCAUCAACAUGCACACAGAUUCUUCAGAAACUCACGAUGGCAGUGUUUGUAGCGAGAAACUCUUGGUCACAUUGGCUGAAGCAAUGGUGGGACAACCAACCAUGUCAGUGUUCACAACUCAACUGGCGUUAGGUGCGCUGGGAGAUUGCGUGGUACGGGCUAGGCAGUGGGAAAGAUGGAAAAGAAAAGGUGGAGCUAUUGUUGGGAACAACGGACCAAUCCCAUGGCGCGAAAGGCAUCAAUGUGGCCGACAUUUGCUGUGGAGUUGGAAACCAAUGGUUGAUUUUCCCGUAGUUGAUAACAAUCGUUCGAGAGAAGGCGCCAACAUCAGUUCCAAUCUUGGUGGAAACACUUCAGGAUAUGUGGGCAGAGUUUCUUCUGACAUUUUGGAGAAAUUGAUCAACAGGAUGUCCCGAAUCUGUGAGGCGCUUAUCAAAGCUAAAGGAAGAUUCUUCGAGGAGAACUGAAUUUGAUGAUU